AUGGCAAAAAAGGUCGAUAAGGACUGUUCGGUUUUUGUUAGUACUGGAUAUUGUAGUUUCGGAGACUUUUGCAAAUUUCGCCACCCCACUUUAAAAACCACUGAUAAGGUUGAGAAGGUUCAAAAGGAAGGAAACAAUGGAAGCUCUUCUGGAAAAGAAUCUGACAAAUCGAGUCCCAUCAUCCCAUGCAAGUUUUUCCAGGUUGGAGCUUGCAACCGAGGAAUAUAUUGCAAAUUUAUGCACUCCACUCCACAAGUUCCACCGGAACAAAGGCUAUUUAACACUCUUGGACUCCCUUACAGAUUGGGACAACAAGAUUGUGCUUUCUAUAUGCGUAACGGGUCUUGUGGUUACGGAGUAGAUUGCAAAUACCAUCACCCCGACCCGAUUUACGACCCUUAUGAACAACACGGAAAUGGCUAUGGUUUUGACUAUCAACAUCAAUCUUUUGGAAAUAUGAAUGGCGAAUAUUAUCCAAAUGCUCCAUUAAUGACAGAUAGCACUGUUCAACCAACCAUUAAUGGAUGGAAUGGAAAUCAGCCUGCGAAUCCUGGGUUUUAUUACCAUCCUGCGAAAGAGUCAACGCUUGUUCUAAAUGAAGAGGGUCUGCCUCAAAGGCCUGGGAGAAGCGUAUGCUGGCAUUAUGAAAAGUCGGGUGUUUGUAUCUUUGGAAGCGCAUGUGCAUUUGAUCAUCCACCAAUUUUCGCUCCAGCUUUUUAUGACGAAGGAUCCACAUCUCAGUCUGCUCCUCAUGAUGAUAACAACCCGGAAACCCAAGAGUAG